UCUUCCUCCGGCUCUUUCUCUGCUUCCGAAGCGUUGUUCUCUGCAGGGGAGGAGAGAAGUGCUAUGUCAGGAAAGUUCCGAGAGGCAUCGGAUGGGGCCAUGCUCCCUGGGCGCUCCUGCAGGCGCCUGCGCUUUGCCCUUUGUAUGAGGCAAAAGGACUCCUUUGGAAGAUGGAACUCUUUGUCUGUUUUCCAGAGUGUGUUUCCCAGCCCAUCAGUGGAACAUGAUACAGCUGCUCUGUGUUGAAAUGCUUGAAGAACACCGGCAUCUCUAACUGCGCCUUCCAUCCUUCCAAAACCAUGGUCUUCUCGGCAGCGUUGACUGCGUCCCAUACUGGGCCACCCAACAAGACGUUCGUAGUGUAUGAAAAUACCUACAUGAAUAUUACAGUCCCUCCACUAUUCCAGCAUCCUGGCAUCGAUCCACUUCUUAGAUAUACUUUUGAAACCAUGACUCCCACUGGGAUGAGUUCCUUGACAGUGAAUAGCACAGCUGUGCCCUCAACACCAGCAGAUUUUAAGAGCCUAAACUUGCCUCUCCAGAUCAUCCUUUCUGCUAUAAUGAUAUUUAUUCUGUUUGUGUCUUUUUUUGGGAACUUGGUUGUUUGCCUCAUGGUUUACCAAAAAGCGGCCAUGCGAUCUGCAAUUAACAUCCUCCUUGCUAGCCUGGCAUUUGCAGACAUGUUGCUUGCAGUGCUGAACAUGCCUUUUGCCCUUGUCACUAUUCUUACUAUGAGAUGGAUUUUUGGGAAAUUCUUCUGUAGGGUAUCUGCUAUGUUUUUCUGGCUGUUUGUGAUAGAGGGCGUGGCCAUCCUGCUUAUUAUUAGUAUUGACAGGUUCCUUAUUAUAGUCCAGAGGCAGGAUAAGCUAAAUCCCUAUAGGGCUAAGGUUCUGAUUGCUGUUUCUUGGGCCACUUCCUUUUGUAUAGCUUUUCCUUUGGCUGUAGGAAACCCUGACCUGCAGAUACCUUCCCGAGCCCCGCAAUGUGUCUUUGGGUACACAACCAGUCCUGGUUACCAGGCUUAUGUGAUCUUGAUUUCUCUCAUUUCUUUCUUCAUACCCUUCCUGGUGAUACUGUAUUCAUUUAUGGGCAUACUCAACACCCUUCGGCACAAUGCUCUGAGGAUCCAUAGCUACCCUGAGGGUAUAUGCCUCAGCCAGGCCAGCAAACUGGGUCUCAUGAGUCUACAGAGACCCUUCCAGAUGAGCAUUGACAUGGGCUUUAAAACACGUGCCUUCACCACCAUUUUGAUCCUCUUUGCGGUCUUUAUUGUCUGCUGGGCCCCAUUCACCACUUACAGCCUUGUGGCAACGUUCAAUCAGCACUUUUACUAUAAGCACAACUUUUUUGAGAUUAGCGCCUGGCUACUCUGGCUCUGCUACCUCAAGUCUGCCUUGAACCCACUGAUUUACUACUGGAGGAUUAAGAAAUUUCAUGAUGCCUGCCUGGACAUGAUGCCUAAGUCCUUCAAGUUUUUGCCACGGCUUCCUGGUCACACAAAGAGACGAAUACGCCCCAGUGCUGUCUACGUGUGUGGGGAACAUCGGACGGUGGUGUGAAUAUUGGGACUGUUUGACAUUUUGGCUGAUGGUUGUUCUUUAUCGACUUUGAAUUUUCUUUUUAUAGGGUUGGAAUGUGUGUGUGCAGUGUGAAAGAAGAAUGGUAAUUAGUGUGUGAAAAAAGAACAGUAAUCAGUUAUAAUUUUGUUACCAAGGAUGCACAAUAGGAAAAUGACCACAAAUGUUACCUCCAGGGUUCAUGAGAAAUCCUUUAUUUAGAGUAGGAAGAUGGAUUUUGUUUUUUGAUUGAUUUUACUUUUGUAAUAGGAAUCAGGAUUGUGCUUUUUUGAACCUGCAGUUGCACUGAACUAAUUGUAGGAUUUUUAUGCUGCUAAAGUAUUAGUUGAAUUUAUGAAUCCUUUUUUUUUUUU